CAUCGGAGAGCAUUCGACUCUUCCAAUGCGGAUCACUAAACCCAUGCCCAUUGUUUGGAAUUUAACAAAAUGAAAACCACGGAAGGCAAACAAUUCCAUGUGUGCUCAAUCCACUGUUACAGAUGUCUUUCCACCAGGAAACUAUCGGCUUUAUAAGGGAGCCUGCGUUUCCGAAAAUUCAAUUCGGUUUUAUAUUCAUUACAUUUGUGCAGACGAGAUCUAACAACAACAAAAAUGCCAAGCGCUACUGCAGGUCAGGUUAUUACAUGCAAAGCUGCCGUGGCAUGGGCAGCAGCGGAGCCCCUUAAGAUUGAAGAAGUCCAAGUUGCACCUCCGCAGGCAAUGGAAGUCAGGAUAAAAAUCUGUUACACUUCCUUGUGUCGCACAGACCUUGUUUUCUGGCAAGCAAAGGGCCAAACCCCUAUUUUCCCACGCAUCUUCGGACAUGAAGCAGCUGGAGUGGUAGAAAGUGUGGGAGAAGGGGUAACUGAUAUGAAGGAGGGCGACCAUGUUCUGCCUGUAUUUACAGGGGAAUGUGGUGAUUGCAGGCACUGCAAAUCAGAAGAAAGCAAUAUGUGUGAUCUGCUGAGGAUUAACACAGAUAGGGGGGUUAUGAUUAGUGAUGGCAAGUCAAGGUUCUCUAUCAGGGGACAACCCAUUUAUCACUUCCUUGGGACAUCCACAUUCAGUGAAUACACAGUUGCACAUGUUGGCUGUGUUGCCAAAAUAAAUCCUGCAGCUCCUCUCAGCAAAACCUGUAUUCUCAGCUGCGGUGUCUCCACAGGGAUGGGAGCAACAUUGAAUGUGGCUAAACCUAAGAGGGGUUCAAAAGUAGCCAUAUUUGGUCUUGGAGGUGUUGGGCUUGCGGCUGCUGAAGGAGCGAGAAUAGCUGGAGCUUCCCGGAUUAUUGGCAUCGAUUUAGACCCUGGAAGAUUUUAAAAAGCCAAAGAGUUUGGUGUAACAGAAUAUAUAAACCCAAAAGACCAUCAGAAACCUGUUCAAGAGGUAAUUGCAGAAAGAACUGAUGGAGGAGCAGACUACAGUGUGGAAUGCACGGGGAAUAUCAAUGCAAUGAUCCAGGCGUUUGAAUGUGUUCACGAUGGGUGGGGCGUGGCAGUUUUAGUAGGAGUGCCUCAUUCAGAUGCAGCUUUUAAAACUAGUCCUAUCAACUUCCUGAAUGAGAAAACACUAAAAGGGACAUUCUUUGGGAACUAUAAGCCCAAGACAGAUCUGCCAGGUCUAGUGGAAAAGUAUCUGAGUAAGGAGCUUGAGUUGGAGAAGUUCAUUACUCACGAAAUCUCCUUUGGUGAGAUCAACAAGGCAUUUGAUUACAUGAUGCAAGGAGAGAGCCUGAGAUGUGUAAUUAAGCUGGAAAACUAGAUUUUGAAGGAGAUUUAAGUGGUGUGGAAGGUUUUUGGUCACUCAUAGAUGUCAAUCAUUGGAAGACAUUGGAGUGUUUUUUGCAGAUGAAAUUAAAGUUUAGAAGAGUUUGAGUUUAUUGUAAAGGAUUUAAAUAAAACCUGGCAUCAUUAGGUGCAGACAUGAUAUUACUAUCUUAUUUCUUUACUAAAAACAUGCAAAUAAAAUAUUAGCAUCUUAAUUCUUUGCCAUCAAGAAUUAAAUAAAGUUCAAAUUGAGAGUUGAUUCU